AUGGAUCUCUUAUCCCGCGGAAACGACGUUCUGAGUGUCAACCCUGUCGUGGGGGUCGAUGAGGCCCUAGCUGUACAUGGUUCCGACUGGCUCUGGGCAGUAACAGCAAUUUUCUCGAUCUCUUUGAUUGGCUGUCUCAUUUUGUCAUUUGCUGCAAAAGAAAGCGAGCGAGUUUUCCACUACUUAUUUACUUUUGUACUUUUGGUUGGCGCCGUUACGUAUUUCGCCCAAGCUUCGGAUCUAGGUUGGAGUUCUGUAAAGCAGAUUGAUGAUCUAGGCAACGGAACUAUCAGGCAGAUGUUUUGGGUCAAAUAUGUGAACUGGCUGAUUGCCUUCCCUUCGCUCGCCCUUGGACUGGGUUUGAUUUCGGGUGUAUCAUGGACCACUAUGAUCUGCAAUAUCGCUCUCUCAUUAUUCUGGGUUGUGAGUUACCUCGCAGGAGCGUACGUCGCUAGCUCUUACAAGUGGGGGUUCUUUGCCUUUGGAACUUUCGCCUGGCUCAUCCUCGCUAUGAGCACCAUCAACGAGAGCCGGGAAGCUGCGCAGCUUCUUGGAGUUGAUAAGGACUAUAUCGUUCUAUCAGGCUGGACCAACCUUCUAUGGAUCAUCUACCCUAUCGCCUGGGGACUAACCGAUGGCGGAAACAAAAUUGGGAUAACAGGAACAUCGGUCCUCUUCGGUGUACUGGACGUUCUCUUGAUCCCAGUAUUGAGCUUUGCCGUGUUGAUCUUGGCUCAAAAAUGGGACUAUCGUAGAUUGAGCAUAGCUUUCAGCGACAGUCGUCCAAGCCGAGAGACUGAAAAUGCUUCGGUGUUGAAGGCAGAUUCUCCUCAUCCGAUUGAAUAG